UACAUUGAUCCGAGUCUCACAUCGUCUCAGACAAAGAUGCAGCUAAACGUGCUGCCGAUGCUCUGUUAAUAAGAGUUGAAGAAAAAAGGACGAGAAGCUAUUAACAGGUGGCUGUUUGUGGACGCGACGCACCAUCUCCACCGCGCACCGUCAAGAUGAUGUUACCGUCCGGCGCGCUGCUGCUGCUGGUGGUUCAUCUCUACUCAAGAAUCGAUUUGACAGAAGCUGAGGGUUGUGGGUCAUCAUGUGGAAAAUGCGACUGCAGUGGUGUAAAAGGAUCAAAGGGUGAGCGUGGGUUUCCUGGUCUCCAAGGUAACAUGGGAUUCCCAGGGAUGCAAGGACCUGAGGGGCCUUCAGGGCCAAUGGGCGCCAAGGGAGACCAGGGUGCGUUUGGGUCUCCUGGACUGAAAGGAGUGCGAGGUCCACCUGGUCUGCCAGGUGUUCCGGGAACUCCAGGACUACCAGGCAUCAAUGGACAUGAUGGUCCACCUGGUCCGCCCGGUAUCCCAGGAUGCAAUGGGACUAAAGGAGACAGAGGAAGGGAUGGCACUUCUGGUUUUCCUGGGCUUCAAGGGCCUCCUGGCACCCCGGGAAUUCCUGGAAUGAAGGGUGAACCAGGUGGCGUGAUUGGGAUUGUUCCCGUCAAAGGAGACAAAGGAUACCCUGGCCUACCUGGACAACCUGGAUUCCCUGGCCAAACUGGACCUAUGGGACCUCCAGGACCUCGUGGCUAUUAUGGACUCAAAGGUGACCCUGGCCCCCCUGGCCCCCCAGGAGAGAAGGGUGACAGGUUGGCGUUUGUGAGUGAGAAAGGAGAAAAGGGUGAACCCGGAUACGCCGGCCCACCUGGUCCUCCUGGUCAGUCUAGCGGACAGGAUGGAGUACCCACCACAGUUUACGUACCUGGCCCACCGGGGUACAAAGGAGAACAAGGAGAUAAGGGAGACAAGGGCUACUGCCUCCCUUAUCAACACGGUGUAAAAGGUGAACCUGGCCCACCUGGAUCAAUAGGUAAACCUGGUAAGGAUGGAGGUUAUGGCCCUAAGGGAGAUAAAGGCUUUCCAGGAGCUUCUGGAGAAACUGGCUAUCCGGGAGAGAAAGGAGACAGAGGACCACCUGGUUAUGGCACCGGUGCACCUGGCCCCCCUGGCCCUCGUGGUUUUCCAGGGACAGAAGGAGAAAAAGGUUUUCCUGGUCCUCAGGGUCCACCAGGCCCACCAGGUCGGUACAGGGAAGGGCCUCCUGGAGAGAAAGGUCAAAAAGGAGAUGUGGGUCAAAAAGGAGACAUGGGACUGGAAGGAGAGUCUCUUGUUGGACCUCCAGGACAACCAGGAGCCACUGGACCCCCUGGCCCCCCUGGAGAACCAGAUGGUUUAUGUGACAUUGAGAAGGGAGCCCCUGGCCCACCUGGACUUCAAGGCUUACAAGGGGAAGUGGGGCAGAAAGGUGACAGAGGAGAAACCUGUUUCGAGUGUGAGGCUUUUGGCCCACCUGGAUUACCUGGCCCUCAGGGCCCUAAAGGAGAACCAGGACCUCCUGGUGUAGCUGGUGGCAAAGGACAAAAAGGUCUUUCUGGAGUCCCUGGACGACCUGGAACACCCGGUACUCAAGGGACUCCCGGAUUGAUGGGGGCCCCUGGGGCUGUUGGUGAGCCAGGGGAUAUUUUUGUAGCUCCGGGUUACAAGGGGGACAGAGGUCUUCCUGGUCAAGCUGGAUCCCCAGGGCGGCCAGGCCGAGAUGGACUGCCUGGGAAAGAUGGCAUUCCAGGCGAACCUGGCAUCAAAGGAGAACCUGCUAAAGAGGGUAUCAAGGGUGAACGUGGACUUGAUGGAGACCCUGGUUUUACUGGGCCUCCAGGAGAGCGGGGUCCACCUGGUACACCAGGUUUCGGCCGACCAGGAGAGCCUGGAGAGAAGGGCAGUCAGGGUGGUCCAGGACGUCCUGGAGUUCCCGGAUCACCUGGUGCAAAAGGUGAGCCAGGUAAAGGUGUGAUCACUCCUGGACCUCAGGGGGUACCUGGACCACGAGGAGAAACAGGCUUACCUGGAUAUCAAGGUGACAGGGGCCCACCAGGAGACCAGGGGGUUCCAGGUUUCCCAGGAGAAAGAGGUGAACAAGGACCUCCUGGAAUUGGAUUUCCGGGUCCAGCCGGUCCUAAAGGAAUCAGUGGAGUUCCAGGAGCACAGGGAAUACCUGGAGAGCCAGGAAGACCUGGGCAGGAUGGAUUCACUGGGAAAACUGGUGUGCCUGGACAAAAGGGUGAACCUGGACGGGGUCUUCCAGGUCCAAAGGGCUCACAGGGCCUUCCUGGAAAUAUUGGCUUCCAGGGAGCAAAGGGUGACAUUGGACUACCUGGAGUUCCUGGACGAGAAGGACAGACUGGACCACCAGGACCUCAGGGACUUCAAGGUGAGGUUGGACCCCCAGGACUUCCUGGAUUGGCUGGCAGACCAGGUGAGCCAGGAAAAGGCUCACCUGGCGCUCCUGGACCACAAGGACCACCUGGAGAACCUGGACCAUUCGGUCGGGAAGGUAUAAAGGGAGAAAAGGGUUACCCAGGUCUUCCUGGUCUGGACAUGCCAGGGCCUCAAGGAGAAAAGGGAACCCCUGGGUUCCCAGGACCCCCAGGUUCAAAAGGACAACAGGGGCAACCAGGCUUACCAGGCAGGGAUGGACCAUUUGGAAACGAAGGUCAAAAGGGGGAAAUGGGGGUAAUGGGAACACCAGGAGUGCCUGGAUUUCCUGGAUCGCCAGGCACACCUGGAUCACCUGGUCUGAGAGGUGAUCCUGGUAGUACUGGACCAAGAGGCGGUGCUGGAGACCCUGGACCUAAAGGUGAAAGAGGAGAGCCAGGUAUUCAAGGACCGCGUGGGAACAUGAGUGAUGUUGACAUGGAGCACAUGAAGGGGGAGAAGGGAGACAUUGGAGACAGAGGUGACCCUGGGGUCACUGGACAGAAGGGCUACCAAGGACUCCCAGGAGAUCCUGGAAUGCCAGGCAAAGAUGGAGAUCCUGGAUUACCUGGACAACCAGGGGCAAAAGGAGAUCCUGGAGAGCCUGGAGAGACUGGCAGCAUGGGACCACCUGGACAGAAAGGCAGUGGGGGAGAGAUGGGGAUACCAGGUCCAGUUGGUCCAAAGGGUACCAAAGGUGAUAUUGGUACACCGGGACAUCCUGGAUUCAGAGGUACAGAUGGAGAAAAGGGAGAUAGUGGACAACCUGGUGAGCCAGGUAUCGGCUUCCCAGGAUUCCCAGGAGAAAAGGGUCCGACUGGCCAGCCAGGAUUUCCAGGAACACCUGGAGAGAAGGGUCAGAAAGGUCAAGAGGGUAUGCCCGGCAAGCCAGGUUUCGAAGGACCCAAGGGAGACAAAGGAAGCAGUGGAUUCCCAGGUCAGGCAGGUAGACCAGGCGCGAAGGGUAUCUCUGGGCUUCCUGGGUCUGUAGGAGAUCCUGGUCUUGACGGUCGACCUGGUGAAGGUGGCAUGCAAGGUCCUCCUGGUCCUCGUGGAGACAAGGGCGAUGCUGGGGUGGACGGCAUUCCGGGACCCUCAGGGGAAAGGGGAGAUCCAGGUUUACCUGGUCGUGGUUUUCCGGGCCCACCUGGAGAUCUUGGGAGCAAAGGUGACAAAGGAAGUUCUGGCGCCCCUGGCUUCCCUGGUCACCCAGGUGUUCCUGGUUUCAAAGGAGACAAGGGACUUCCAGGCCAACAAGGUCCCCAUGGUGAGCCAGGAGAGCGAGGUUCCCCAGGUAUCUCUCUAGAGGGUCCUAAGGGAGAGACGGGACAAACAGGACAAACUGGAGAAAAAGGAUCCCCAGGUUUACCAGGACCUGGUGGUCUGCCAGGCAGAGAUGGCCUAAAGGGAGACAAAGGAGAUCAGGGUCACCAGGGCUUCCAGGGAGAGACGGGACAUAAGGGAGACCCCGGAUCUCCUGGACUUCCUGGCCAACCUGGCCUUCCAGGUAUCGAUGGAAAGAAGGGAGAGAGAGGAUUGCAGGGAGUUGCUGGCUUCCCAGGUGCAAGAGGUUCUGUUGGGGACAUUGGGUUCAAAGGAGACGUUGGAGAUCGAGGAUUCCCAGGAGAAAAAGGUAAUCAAGGGCCCCCAGGUCCCUCUGGCCCCCACACCUUUAUUAAAGGAGAUAUUGGUUUCCCGGGAACUCAAGGCCCGCCAGGACCUCAGGGUCCAAUUGGGAUUCCCGGGCAGAAAGGACAGCAAGGUGUGACAGGUAUUCCAGGGCCAAAGGGUGAUGAAGGUGUGCCUGGAUAUAAUGGUCAGCCUGGAGCUAAAGGACAGCCCGGCCUGCCUGGGCCACAAGGACCCAGAGGAUACCCUGGGCCCCCAGGACCUGAUGGUGUUCCAGGUCAAGUGGGUCAACCUGGCCCCUCGUCUGUGGAGCAUGGGUUCCUGGUGACACGUCACAGCCAGUCGGUGGAGGUUCCAUACUGUCCUCAUGGAACCACGCUUAUAUAUGACGGCUACUCCUUGCUCUAUGUACAAGGCAAUGAACGCUCUCAUGGACAAGACUUAGGUACGGCAGGCAGCUGUCUACGGAAGUUCAGCCCCAUGCCCUUCCUGUUCUGUAACAUCAACAAUGUGUGCAACUUCGCCUCUCGUAAUGAUUACUCCUAUUGGCUCACCUCACCUGAGCCCAUGCCCAUGAGCAUGGCACCUAUCACCGGUGAAAGCAUUAAACCCUUCAUCAGCAGGUGUGCUGUGUGUGAAGCCCCAGCCAUGGUGAUAGCAGUUCACAGUCAGACCAUCAUGAUUCCAGCUUGCCCUCAGGGCUGGGACUCUCUGUGGAUAGGCUACUCUUUCGUCAUGCACACCAGUGCUGGUGCUGAGGGUUCAGGCCAGGCUCUGGCCUCUCCCGGAUCCUGCCUGGAGGAAUUCCGCAGUGCUCCAUUCAUUGAGUGUCACGGUCGAGGAACCUGCAACUACUACGCCAACUCCUACAGCUUCUGGCUUGCCACCAUCGAAGACAAUGAGAUGUUUACGAAACCCGUCCCGACAACACUAAAAGCAGGCAGCCUCCGAACACACAUAAGUCGCUGUCAAGUGUGCAUGAAGAGGACAUAAACCCCGAUGCCAGAAGCCUCCACUUUAACCUGCAAGCAGUAAGGUGCGCAUUGACGUCCUCGACCUGGCUUUUACUUCCUGUUUUCAAAGGAUGGUGCUAUUUCCCUGCAUGACAUGUGUGAGAGGAGAAGGACAGAGACGCGGGUCGCAGAACAGCCAAAGACUGAAUUAUACAAUCAAGAACUCAGAGACCAAGUGGCCUUUUGCUCCACGCAGAAACACACAAUCACAACACGUUAUUAAGAAUGGCACCCAGUUUACCACUGCACUGAGUACAUGCCCCCAAAACUGGUAAACUGGUGUUCAUUUUGAAAGGGCUGUUUGUGUAAGUUCGGUGCUAUUGAAUCUUACUCCUGUGCCUUUUCAUUUCUUUUCUACCAUUUCGCUAUCCUCCCAGUGCCACAUGAUUGAAAGAUAUAGCUUCACAGUAUUAUAGACGUUCACACCUUAUAGCUUGUUUAAACUUACUAAUGUAAAGGAUGGGACUUACCACUGGUUACAUUCGCUUGUCAUUUGCUAAACCACCAUAAUGUUGCAGAUAAAUAUACCGAUCACUCUGUUGUAAAUAUAAUGCAUUCCUCUUUAACAUAGUUCAACAUACUCUCCUCAGGUUAUUACUGAAUUACUUUGUGUGUUACUAAGCCCAUUUUUAUUUAUAAGAGUUUUGAGAAUAUGUUGGAUUCCAUAUAUUCAAAUACCAUAUGUGACAGCCAACGCCUUAUUAACAUACAAAACAGCACUGAAAUAGCAUUGACAGGUGUGUGUAUGUAUGUGUGUGUGCGUGCGUGCGUGUGUGUGGAUGAGUGUGUGUACAUAUGCAUUUGAGUGGCUUGAAAAUGGGUGUCGUGGUGUCCAUAUACAUUAUUGCACAACCCUGUUGUUGACAUCAUCUGAAACCAGCGCAGAAAAAUAAAUGGACAGAAAAGAAAAUCAUGUUUUCAAAAGCUUUGCUCUGUCAGAUGUUUGUGUGUAACAGCUGUGUGUAAAAGGACUCACUCCUUUCUUAGAUUAAAGGACCAGUGUGUGGCUUCUCGUGGUGGAUGUGCAGAUUGUAGCUAACCAGACAGCCUUCACCUCAGCCUUUCUUUCCAAGAAUAUGAGAGAAUCCAAAGUGGCUGCUAAAAAGGUGAAAAACAAAACAAAAUGCUCUGUGUAGAAUUAGUGUUCGGUUUGGACCAUAGAAACACGCAUUCAUAUAAUCCAACGAAAACAGCGAUUUUCAUAUUCAGCCGAUUAUGCAGUAAUGAAAACAUAAAUAUUGCCGAUUGCCCCUAAAUCUCACACACUGGACCUUAAAGUGAACCAAAUCUUUCUCAUCUUUGAUCCCAAAGAAAUGCACAUGUAUAUAUACUUACGCAUAACAUUUACUUGACUUUUCCCAUUUGUGAAUUACUUUUGUAACACCUGUUGAUUUUGUGCAUAAAUGCAUUCUUCAUUGAGAGUGAAGGGUCAUUUUGUUGCGCUUUCACGAGUCAAAGAUACACAGUGCCUACGCAGGUCGAGAUGCUCUCAAAGGGUCUUGACAGAAGUGUGUGUUUUGUUCAAUAUUUUAUACACUGCAUUUGGUAAUCAUUCCUGCUAUAUCGUGUUCCCGGAAAGCCUCUUGAAUCCCAAACAUUUGUGCGUCCUUUUCAGAGCUAUUGAAAGUUUUGUACUGUUGAAGUUUUAGCAAUUACUCUACACUGACUGCAACCUGUUUUUGUUUGUGUGUUGUUCUUGGUUGUGAUAAAACGCUCCGUCUAGCAUAUGCAGUAUCUGCAGGAUUUGCCAACAUUAGUAAACGUCCUUACAAUCAGAAUAAUCUUUUGUGAGUAAUGAACAAGGCAAACACACUUCAUCAGCAUUGUAUAUUUUUCUGCAUCCCAUAUUGUGUAAAUUCUGCAAUAAACUGAACUGUAGGAUAUUCUUAUUAAAUUA